UUAAAACACCAACUAAUCUUCCAUUUCCAUGUCCAAAAUCAUUCAUGAAGCCACCUGAAAAAUGACACAACUUUGUAGAAAAAUUGUUCAUGUUAACAUUAAGUGGAGUAUACUAGAAAGGGUAUCGAUUUUUCGAAGGUUUUUUAGAUUCAUUUGGGAUAGAAUUCUUGUUUGUUCUAUAGGAAGGCCUGCUCACUAUAGGAGAUUGACUAGCCGGGAUUCUUCUUCUCCGUUGGAAGUGGUGGUGGUAGAAGACGGUGAGGCCUUGCCGGAGAGUCACCCCCGGAUGAUAUGUAAUGGGUAUGAGACGGAUUCCGAUUUGGUUAGUUUGAAGAUCAGUUUGUUAGGUGACUGUCAAAUUGGAAAAACAAGCUUUCUGAUAAAAUAUGUCGGGGAUGAGCAAGAGAAAAGCCUACAGAUGACAGGAUUAAAUUUAGUAAACAAAACAUUAUUUGUUCAAGGUGCCAGGAUUGCUUUCAGCAUAUGGGAUGUGGGAGGUGACAGUAAUUCACUUGAUCAUGUUCCAAUUGCUUGUAAAGAUGCAGUGGCAAUUUUGUUUAUGUUUGAUCUAACUAGUCGAUGCACCCUUAACAGUGUUGUUGGAUGGUAUAGUCAAGCAAGAAAGUGGAACCAGACAGCUAUUCCAAUAUUAGUAGGAACAAAAUUCGAUGAUUUUGUUAGACUACCCCCAGAUUUGCAAUGGACCAUUGUGACUCAGGCAAGAGCAUAUGCCAGGGCAAUGAAGGCAACCCUUUUUUUCUCAAGUGCUACGCAUAACAUCAAUGUGAACAAGAUCUUCAAGUUCAUCAUGGCUAAACUCUUUAACUUGCCAUGGACGGUAGAGAGAAACUUGACCAUUGGAGAGCCUAUUAUCGACUUCUAAAACCCACUUUUUUGUUUUUUUUUUUUCCACUGAUUUUUAUGUACAUAGCCGAAAGAGAAAGAAAAAGAGAAAAACCCAAAAAAGUUUGUUCAAUCUCGGUAGCUAAUUGACCCCACAACCACCAAACUUGGUCUUUGAUUGUUAGCUUCUUUUCUUUUCAUUGGCUUUACUUUUCCUUGUUAACAUUUUUUCACUGAAUUCAAAGUUAGCUGAUCUCUGAUGUUUCAGUGAUUUAAGUAACAUAUCUUACUGUAAAAGUCUUUUUCAUGUAGAAGAUGAAAAUCAGAAAUAUAAAAUACUGAGAUGAUUUGUUUCCCUUUUUUUUCCUCUAACCACAAAAUAGAAGAAUCUGCUUUAAGUUUUUCUGAAAGGGUUCUGUAUUAAAAAUAAAUAAAUAAAAAGAUAUAGGGGAAUUGAUGUUGCUGAGUGGAGUUGGAAUGAUUCCACAUUGUAUUCAAGCAACUUAAAGUACAUGAAUAUGGGAUUAAAUUAUAUGCUUCAUAAAAGGGAAUGGGUCCAAAUUUAUUCUGUUAUGGCCAUAAAAUAUUUGGUCGAAAACAAGCACCAAACCUACCAAAGAAAGGUUUAUCAAUAGCUAUGAAAUGCCUAAAAAACACAGGCGUUAUAAGUGAAGUAUUCGAUUUUUAUCACCCAACUAACUGCAA